AUAUGAUUAGGAAUUCGAGAAGGAAAAGAAAGAAUUUAUUAAUAGGUAUGGUUUCUGGCCUCAACACAAAAAAUCUUCAGGUGAGUCAUUGGAUAAGACCAAAUAAUCUAGCCCAAAAUUUGAUCCCCUGGCUUUAAAUCUAAUGAAAAAA